AUGCGGCAGUCACGGCGAGCGGCUAGAAACGCUCUUUAAACCCGCUACACUUCGCCGGGAUGGCGCAUUAAAGCGGACUUGUCCAUGUUUACUACAAUUACACCUGUGUGGGGCUCAAAUGUGGCGGGGUUUGACUUUAUUUGUUCAUUUCGAAAAGCGAGAAAGUGUAGCGGUGGGGGAUGGGCCCGAUGGGAGCGAGCAGCCAUUGACGUAAAGCGAGACUGCAUUUUGUUUGGUUUCAGGCUCACAGCUGCUCUCUGAGGCUGGAGCUAGCACCUUUGUUUAUCUCUAUAUUUUACUUUUAUAAACCUCAAACUACUUAAUUAGUAGUGUAAUUUUUGACCAAGAUUAGCACGGUUUUUCUUUUUAAUUUAAAUGGUCUGGUUUUGAUUUGGGCUCUUAAAUUCUUAGACAUGUAUUUCUUGUCCUGUUUUAAACCGUAGCCAGCAUGCUUAGGGUGGUCAGACAUCCCCGUUUAAUCGGGACAGUCCCAAUUUUGAGUGUCCCCAGUUCCUGCAGAUGUGUUCAAAACCACUGAUUUAUCCCAGUCUUACACAAGAAAUGUCCCAGGUGUCCGUCCCUAUUUGGCCCGAUUUGAUCCCUGUCAAACAAUACAGAGAGGCUUAUAUUGUCAUCUUUUGUCAUCUGUUCUGCUUAAAAAUGACAAACACAAGAAAAAUGUGACUAUACUGACUAUCACAUUACUCCUGACUGGGCUGAGUGCUGAACAACUUUCCUUAAUUGUGUGCUCCUUUUGCAGUUUUAUUACUACCAAACACCAAAAAUUAGGGAUGUCCCAGUUUUUUAUUUUGAAAUUCUGGUCACCCUAAGCAUGCUCCCAGGUUGAAGUAGUAAACAGGAGCUUUCAUACAAGCUACUGUUGUUGCUUGGCUAUUGCAAUUAGGCUUCCACAUUAGCUUAACUGUGCUUUCUACAAAAUUCAAGUAACUCUGCAAACAAAAUGUGUGGUUCAGUUUAAUAUACUAACUUGUACAGGCAUUUUUGUGCAGAAGUCUGAUUCAGAAAUCAUCAGAUUUUAAGCCUGCAUGUAUAGACAAUACAUUUGAGGUAACCGUAUGUUUUAUUUUGUUUUUUAUACUGAUUUUGUCUGUAUGACCUUGCUCCUGUCUGCUGUUUCAAUGUGGGAGUCAACUGGCAUCUAUCAGUAAUGAAUUUAAAUCAGUACUAAACCAAUUUAUAACUUAAUAUAGCCUAACAUUUGCCAAUUGGACAUGGGGUGUACAAAAUAAACAUGAAAUCUAUUGUAAUAAACACAGAUGGAUUAGCAAUAAUGAAACCCAUUGUGUCUGACUGAAAAAUAUAAAAUAUGCUUAUGAAACCCAUAAACCUCAAAGAAGGUAUUUUACAUCGACUUGACUGCUACACGUUCAGCUUUCCUUAUAUUAGUCAUUCCAUUUCCAGUCAUACUUUGUUAAUACUUUGCUUUUCUUUCUUGUAAACAAAUAGUGCGUGGCCAUCGCUAAUAUAGUGGUAAACAGAUGCACUUUAGUUUCAUUUCUAGUUUUGCAUUGACUUGCUCUGUGUUAGUCACUUCCUGCUUUGUGUGUUGAACCCUCUUUUUAAAUGUCACUUGCUAAAUCCUAUAACCUUGCAUUUUUACAGGAAAGAGCUGCACUUUGCUUGUAAUGAGUGGUUUAUGGUGGAAAAAAAAAACACCUUAUGAAGUCUACUCUGUAACUAUUGUUCUUAUCAUGGUGACAAUUUAUUUAACUGUCAGAUUAGGAAUGAUUGGAGUCGUGCACCGUCACUGUGAGUUAUGAAUAUUUAAUGUAGAAAAUGUUGCAACUGCCACAGAGGCGUCAGGGAGCGAAAAUUAAUUUAAGCUUUGAAACCUGUUACCCAGUAUUAGUUAGUAGUUAAAGUGCCUAUAUUACGUUAUUUUCAGGUUUUUAAUGUUGUUUUCUCAUCACAAACAUGCCUAGAGUUCAGUUUUUGUUUCAUUAACACAGAUCUGGAAUUGGAGAUGUAGGCAGAGUAAUAAUAAAGGGUUACUCAAACAUAUUUGAAUGAAAAGCUCACAAGAGUCCAUUUUGUGUGAUAUAGGACCUUUUUAAAUAAUAAAAAUCUAAUAUGCAUAACAAGGUAUUAGAAUUUUGUGAUUCUAUCCAUUUAUACAUUUAUAAUUUGGUACAGAAUAUGAAACCAAGUGAGAUGUAGUUUUUAAAUGGUCUUUUUCAGUGUUUACAAUUGUUUUAUUUAGCCACCUUCUAUUCUUUCUAUUCUAACUAGAGCAGGUUUCUAUUGUUAUGGGAGACUUGAUUGACUGCCUUUGCAUGCUGUCUAUCCACAUUUUUAAGGUUUAGCAUCAGUCUUAAUGGAGUGCAAAUGGUAUAUAGUAUAAAUAUUGUUUAGAUAAUCUUACAUCAAUGUGUUGAUGUAUGGUACGGUUGACAUUUAGGAUAGCAUUUCAGUUACUUCUAAAACUGAGAUGGUUGAAGUUUAGAGCUAAUCUUUGUAAAACUUCCUAUGGGUAAGUAACAGAAAAUUUGUACACAAAAUGGAUUUGUAUGAGCUUUAAAACCUAAUGUUAUCUCAUCAAAACAUACCUGGAGUUGUGUUUUGUUUCAUGCACACAUGUAACUCUUUAUUAUUAGUCUGUCUACAUCUCCAAAGAUCAAAAUGCUCUGUUCCACCUCAUGAUGUCAUGAAAGUGUAGGUGAAGUGAACAGCUCCUUUUACUUUUUAGUUGGGUAGAAAUUGGCAAUUCCAGAGCUGAAAUGAUCCAAAUGAUUCUAGUGAAGGUGUAUGGAGUUUAAAAACACAAUGGAGCGCUUCCUGUAUCACCACAUCACAUCACAAGGUUGAACAGUGUGUUUUCAGUUGGAGAGAAAAACUCAGGGUUUGUGUGUUAAACAUGUGAAUGAAACAAAACACAACUCCAGGCCUGUGUGUGAAGAGGAAACAACAUUAUAACCUAGAUUUGAAAACAGCGUAAUCAGGGCCCUUUAAACUAAAUGAAUGGAGUUUGCCGAGAUGCUCAAACCUCAGUACAGGACCAUAACCUCUACACGUCUUGCAGUAUUCAGUGGUUUAGUUGCAUCAUCCGCGAGACACGAGACGCAAUGUUUGUCUGGUUCAACUGCGACCCAAUCAAAGCGAAACCACAGCCCCUUUAGUCCUUAUUGAUGUCUGAAAAUGAAGUAACUUACCUAAAUAAAUAACGGGCCUACAUCAUGUCCCAUUUAUUUCCAUGUAAAGUGAAUUUUGUGAGAUUUUAACAUAAUCUUUUCCCGAUAUUGUACAUUUUCUUGACUCAUUUGUCUGAUUUUGUGCUUGUCUUGUCUUCAGGGAGAUAGUGCUGUCUUAUUCAACAGGCCACACUACACAAUGAGGAUACCAUUCGACUAUAAUUGUUUUCUCAUCUUUUGUAUUUUAGAUCUCCAGGCGCCAUGGCUUUUGAAAAAUGACUUUUCCCCUCUAUUCUGUCCACUGUCAGGAACCGUAACUCUAUGCAAACCAGGACUCACGGGCUCCGCUCUAACAAUAGGCUCUGACUUUUUAUAUUCCCACAAAUCUGUUCAGGUUCAGAUCAUUUUUGUUCAGUUUUAAUUCAUAAAUUGGACACCAUUUUUCUAUUUGUACAAUGUUGAUCAUUGUAAGGCAUUUUGGUGUUUUGAGCUGGUUGUAAAAAUGUGUUCACUGUAAUGUCAUUUGUAAUGAUUGCAUUGGGUUUGGCAGUGACAUCUCUGUACGCUCCUAUAAGACGUGAUGAGGCUUAGUGCAAUAAUGUUAGUUUGAUUUUUGUCACAUUUUUGUAAAUUGGAGUGUAAAACACUGCCCCAGGACUAAAGAGCAGUAACUACGGGGAACAGAAAACUGUGUUUUUGUUUCUGAAUAAACCUUUUGUUUUAAAUUAAGACAUCUAGGAAAGAACAACCAAUAAAAUGAUGCAGUUUAAACAAAUGAGACCCAAGACACAAAGGUAUGAAGAAGUGUGCUAAAUUCAAGUAAAUGGCCGUGGUUUUCAAAAUGCCCAGUAGGGGAACUGUAAGCCUCUCCACUAUGAGGACACGUCUGUUUUUUUUUUUUAUUCAUUUAGUUUUUUUUUUUAGUAAAUGACAACCAAACAGUGUUGAACAAGACGUAAAUAUUUUUUGUUAAUCCUUUUAAAAUUGUGUUUGCCAGGUUCUCUUUGCUAUUUCACCAGCGCUCGUCAAGUUUAAAAGUGUUUGGUUUUAAUUUGGGGUAAUCAGAAAUGGUUCAUGUUGUAACAGGGUGAAAUGCCCAGGUUAAACUGCUUUACUUCCUGUUGUGUGGGAGGGUGAAAUGCCCAGGUUAAAGUGCUGUACUUACUGUACUGUGGCAGAAUGGGGCAGUACAGUCAGACGUGUACUCUGUUCACUGUGUAUUUUUCUCCAUUUUGUGAUGCCUUUUUAAAAAUAGAGACCUGAAACAGAGUGCUCAUUGAGCCGAAGCCCCGCCCACAGGUUUUACAGAGGAGACGCAGCCGGACACUCGCUCCCUUUAUCUGUCUAAUGGAAAAUGAAAUGCCACAGGCCACUGUUCAAAGCUCUGUAUUUACUCGCAUCAGGCUAUUUUUGGACAAGUCAGAUGGCCUCAAAUGCUGGCACCGUUGUUUUUUAUUCCACUAAAGACAUGUGUUUUUAAAGUGGUGUGUUAUAAGGAAGUUGACACCAUUUUCUUCCCUUCCCCAGUGAAAAGAGUGAAAAUCUGGUUCUACUAGUUUUGAAGCGUGCCGUGCGUAGACUGAGUAACCUGAUCCAUGUUGUAGAAGCCAGUGGAUAACGGAGGUGUAUUGUUUCCUGAAUGUAACUUCUUUCUUAUUGUCACCUUUUCCUUGUAAAAGCACUUUUUACUGAUUUGUUGGACUAUUUUUAAUCACAGGUGGCAGUUGGAAACAAUGAUUGUGUUUUUGUUGUUUUUAACUUGGUCUUUCUAUCUAGUCUGUCUUAACUUUGAUGCCGCGUUGCAUUUAGUUGUGCUAUUUUGGGUGGCUCAGUGGUCUGUUAAAAGUGUGGUUGUUCCGCCCAGCAGGAGUCUUGCCUGAGACUGGCCUAAAAUGGGCAGAAAUGGUGCUGAACUAAAGCCGCUUGUCGCUCAAACAAAAGUACUUGAAGCAUUGACGCAGUCGGGACCAAGCUGCUAUGCUAAUGCCUGUGCCUCUCAAAAGGAAAGGUAUAGCAAACUUUAAGAAAAGCAACAAAUUCACUUUACUCUGUUUAGUCACACACAUGUGUAGAGUUUAAAGGGCUAGGAAGCAUUGUCAUAGAGAGGCACUUACUGUUUUUAUCUCAAUAUACUGUCACUCUGGAUUGGAGAAACACACUUGAAUAAUUGUCUAUUUAUAAAUGUUUAGUUUGGCAUUUGCCCAAUUUCUGGCCUCUAGGGGGAGUACACACACGUCAUACACAAAACGACCUUACUGCAGUUUUAACCAUGUUCAAAAUAUUAUUUAUAUUUCAAAUAUAUAUCAGUACAAGGCUCAGCACUGGUGGUGAUUGAAUUUAUCAAAUAAAAAGCUCAGUUCCAGUCACUGGUUGACAUGUUUUUCUUUGUGAUCCGGUGCUCGGCUGUGCUCCUCCAAACCAGAGUGUAGCCUUGUUUAGACACUUCUGUGUUUUGCCUGUGGCAUCUCAGAAUGAGAACAAUGCUCCUAUAACUUUAAACCUGUGCAGUCAAUGUUGAAACAGAAAUAGUGCACACAUAGCCUCAUUAUGUCACAUUACAUUAUUAAUUACAUGGCACUUACUGCUUCACUAGCUGUACUCACACUGUGUUUGUCUGUGUGAAAUGUCCCACAGUGUAGCUUUGUUUCUAACUGUCUCUUUCUCUCAUGUCGCAGACACACACCAUGUUCCCGAAGGGCACCAAGCGUAAGUUCUCAGACGGAGAGGAGGCAGCCCCCAGCGAGGCUCCCGGGCCCACCACAGCCCGAGCGCUGUCUUCUGCCUACAGCCUCCAGAGACAGUCUCUGCUGGACAUGUCCCUCAUCAAACUGCAGCUGUGCCACAUGCUGGUGGAGCCCAACCUGUGCCGCUCGGUGCUGAUCGCCAACACGGUGAGGCAGAUCCAGGAGGAGAUGACCCAGGACGGCACCUGGCAGAUCAUGACCCAGGCCCUGUCCCAGUGUCCCUCGGACAGACUAGUGGCCAGUGAGGUGCUCUGCAGGCAGGACCCGGCCGCACAGAGCCCCAAACCUGUGCCCUCUGCCCUGGAGCACAGCCUCCAGGAGGAGGGCUAUCAGGAGGAGGUGGUGAUGGAGGAGGACAGCCCGGCGGCCUCCAGCCCUCAGCUGGGCGGGGCCACAUACCUGGGGCCUUUUAGCUCGUCGUGGGACGAGGAGGAGGAGGCGGAGGAUGAGGAGGACAGUGAGGAGAGCGUGUCUGAGCCAGAGGAAGAGCCCAGGACGGAGCAGGUUUUUGGGACUUUUGAGAUAAAGCAACCUCCUGCCGACCCGGCGCUGGAGGAGCUGUUCUCAGACGUGGACCCGUCCUACUACGACCUGGACACGGUGCUGAUGCAAAGCCCAAAGAUGGGCCCCUACGACCUGCUGGAGUCUCUGUCCCACAGCCCUGCGCUCAGCUCCACAAACAGCUGUCGCUCGGACCUCAAUGAACUGGACCACAUCAUGGAGAUCAUAGUGGGCUCCUUGAUCAUCUCCUCUGCUCCGGAGGGUUUCAUUUUCACCAUCGAUUUGUGCCUCCGCCGCCGCUCACGUGUUUCCGCGCUCUGGCCUCCGUGCGCGGUCCGUGAAGGCGGCAGCAGCGGGGCCCACGGCUCCAGCCUCCUCUUCCUCACAUACACAACUCUAGAUGUCGCGGUCAGCCUCUGGGCAUGUGUGGAUACCGCCGCCAUCUUGAGUGGGGGUUUGAUCUGCGGCCUGGCGGACCAAUCACCGUCCGUGCACCGCCGCGGCACCGCCCUCCACAUGUCCGCCUCUCCUGCGCCCUCCUCCCGCUCACUGCGCUCCGUGGACCCGCCGCGCAUUCCUCCCUCAUUCCCCCCGACCCGAGGCGCACGAACGCGGCCGCGGCGACACCAAACCAGCGCUGACCGAUCCACGGAGCUCAUGACAGCCUCCACCGGCGCGCCGAUGUUGGGUCGCGGCGUCAAACGAAAGUGGAGUUGUCUGGAGGAGGAGCUGGAGGGCCUCCCUGCUGCCCCCGGGGUCACGGAGGACAAACCACACCCGAAUGUCUCCGAUGGCUCUUCGCCUCCAGAGGGGCCCGUCACGGCUCCCUCUAAGUCCCAGCAGAGGCAGGUGGUGCUGGGCUUGUGUCUGGAGAAGCUGCAGGCCGGAGUGGAGCUCAGCUUAAGACGCUCCGUUCUGCUCAUCAACACUUUACGGCAACUGCAGGAGGAGAUGCAGAGCGACGGGGAGGACAUCUUUAGCCACGGCGAGUCCCAUCUUCUCAGGGAUAGCAUGAAAGAGGACAUGGCUGUAACCUGCCCUGAUUGUACUGAAGAAGAAGACAUCGACAGCCUUUCUCUGCUUCCUGAACUGUCCAAUCAGGAAGAGGCGACCUUAAACGAUCCAAAAACGAUUAGCGCCUUUAGCGACGCAGUGAGCGCUAUGGGUUACCUCAGCGAUCUGGCCCUGGAUGAUAUUUUCGAGGACAUAGACACUUCCAUGUAUGAGACAUCAGAUCUGUCCUCCGCGUGGGCCAACGGUAUGUCUCUGUGGGCCGACGAGGAUGUUAAAGUGAAACAGCAGGGGGCGCUGCAGUCCUGUAUCUCAGAUCUGAACGAACUGGACCACAUUAUGGAGAUACUAGUCAAGUCCUGAUAUCCCCGAAGAGAAGUCAAACAGAAGUAUUGAUAAUAUGGUUUUUCGAUUUGCAAGGCUUCAUCUGUUUAAUACGUUCCAAUCAUCAUCAUCAGACUUAAUUCAUAAUGUACAAAUAGUUGAUUAAGAAUGAUUAAGGCUUAGUAUUACCUCCUCUUGUCUCCCUUCAUCUUAAUUUCGGCUUUAAAAAUCUGAAAUUGAAAAUCGGGCUGUUCCAGAAAACCUUUGGAGCAGACGAGCGCAUUAUGUAACAAAAUGAAGUUGUGACACAGACAGGUUUUUAAUAUUUUUUUGUAUUCUCUCUGUAUUUUUACACCUGUAAUGACACUUAGUUAUGCAAUAUGGGAGGCAGUAAUGUGCGUCUCUAAAUAACACUUCUGGGAGUCAUUUUUGAGAUUAGCUCUGCCUUCUUACCGUGGGGUUCUGGGGUCGAUUUGCAGUGUUCCGUAGCAAAAAAAAAAAGCUAAACAAAAGGUAGCAUUUUUACAACUAGAGUAGCAAUGUCUCAGUUAAUGUGUUUUGAUAAUUAACGUGGCUAACUGGGCAGCACUAAUCACUGUUUAUUUGUAUUUAGUCACAUUUAUACAACAGCUUCUAUGAAAUCCUGCACUAUGUCAUGAUUCACCGUUUAAUCUUGUCUGAAUCUCAAAUGCAGAUGGAGCCUCGCAUCUCGAAAACAAUUUCCUAAAAGCCAUUUUUUAUAGAAUUCGCAGAGACACACGCCUACUGUAUUUCGAUCUAUUGAGAGAUUCUUUGUCUCUGGUUUAAUACGAUUGAAAAUUCAGCUUCCCUUCUUUACCUUUGGGAUGAAACAGCAUUUUCAGAAGACGGCGCUGAUGAACUUAACGCUGUUCGGAGAAGUUGAACACAGGGACUUAACACCAAAGACUAUUAUGGGAUGGCUACACAGACUUGGAAUGACUGGUUGCCUUUAUUUAUAUGUUUAUUUAUGAAUGAAAUCACCUACAAACUGCAGUUUUUUUCUCUUGGGACAUUAAUUUAUAAAUCUGAUCACUUUUGGACUGCAUGUAUCGGCCACCGUUUUGGGCCUUUAUGUCGUGAAUCUGUUUUUAUAAUCACUGGGAGAACAACAUCUCUCCGGCAGCUUCUAUUUAAUAUGUAUUUUAAUGUGGUUUGGACUGAAGAGGAGCCUGCAAGACAACAAUCAGGACACAACUUUACCAGAAUUGUAACUUCUUAAAGCCUAAUAUGUAUUUUUACGAUGGCCUUCUUUUGGAAAAGCAUUUACUUAGCAUUUAGCAGUGACCGAGUUUCAAAUCCUGUGGUUAAAUCCAGUGCUACCUCCACAUUUUAACUUUCCUGAGCCUUCAAACUGUCUACGGUUGACUUUUUAUUUUUGUACAACUAUUUCUGUGGUAGUUUGUGGUUAAACUUUAAAAGAACCUGUAAUGACAACCUGCAUCAUGUCAAAUGGACAAAGCCUCCACCUUUAUACACAUCAGUGCAAUAAGAAUGAAUACAAGAGUUAUUCUAUUGUUUAUCCGAGUGCACUUUUACUCAUUACACGAGCAAAAUGUCAAUGUAAUCCCUCACUCAUCCACCUGCGUUCUGUACUAUAGGGGCGUCCAAACUUUUCUCAAAUGCAAACUUAUUUGUAGUGAAGGAUGAUCAAUACAAAACAGCAAGUCUUUAUGAUACUUUUACAGAGGUUUGACAGAGCCCUCGUACCUAGAAAAAGGUUUGGAGCACUACUUUUAGACGUCUUAUCAAAGUUAUAGUUGUACAAACACUUACAUUACUACUAUGAUCAUUUGGACCAAUUCUGUAUGAGGUCUGAGGGCCAAGAAAAAUGGAUUUGCGGGCCACAUUUCGCCCGCGGGCCAUAGUUUGGACACCCCUGUUUUACGUUAACAAAGGUUUCAAAGGUAGUCAUCUGGAUUAGGUUUUAUUUAAGUCAAGUUUUGAAAUAGAAUUAAUUUAUUUAGUCAAGUCAUGGAAUUGUUUCUGUUGACAGUAAGAUGCAAUUUCAGUUUGACCACAAAUUUGAAGGUCAGAUAGUCUGUGUGCCGUUUGUUUUUUUGAAUUUCAAUUAAGAACGAAAAACUAUAAAAUGGUAAAACAGUUCAUUUCAUUAUUCAGUUUUAGUGUCAAACAAACAAAAAACUAAUUUCGACCUUUGUUUCCAAUAUUUAAUUUAAAGUUUAUUUCAAAUAACAAUCAAAAACUCUGUGCCUAUUUUAAUUGAGAUAUUUUAUUCUCUCUUGUUUAUUUGACAAACAUGUUUCUUCUUUUACAGCGUCGUGUUUAUUUUCACAUCUUAGGAAGUUAUUGUUGAACUCCAUGACGAGAAACAGGAAGCAGCGAGGCGAUAAAUCUUACAUAAACCAGAGAGAAUAAAAUAUCCAAAUUGAAAUAGACACCGAGACUGUUUUUUGAUUGUUAUUUGGAAUAAACUUUAAAUUAAAUAUUGGAAAUUGAAGUUGAAAUCUGUUUUUUUUCUUUGUUUGACACUUAAACAAAAUAAUGAAAUAAGAAACUGAUUUCACAUUUGAUUGUUUUUCCUUCUUAAUUGAAAUUCAAAAGAAGAAAUGACACAGACUUAAAAUAUCCAUUGAUAAGAAUUGUUUUGUCAUUUUUUAGCUGCUUUGUCCAUCUUUACACAGUCAGCCUCUCGACUGUUUCCUGCUAUUUGAUUUAAUUUAAAAAUCUUUCAUUUCCUCUUGAAAUCUUAGUAACCCGCCAUCUCUUCAACUCUGUGCCUUACUACUGAUCAAACUGAACCUCUUCAUUGGCCGGUUUAUGGUUUAUAUUUGACCGUUUCGCUUUCGUGCUCAAGCUUUACUGCUAAAACACUACAUUUGUGCUUAUGUAAACGCGCUGAAAUCUGGUGGAGCCAUGACUUCCUUUGCCUUCCCUCCUCUGCUCUGGCUGCUCGGAGCUUAAUGCAUCAUGACAGGCUGACAGGGGAGGGGGGGUGGUGGCAGCAGAGAGAAGAGCCACGAGGAGAGAAAUACAGAGGCAGCCAGUGGGGGGGGGGAGGUGGGAGGAAGGAGCCUGCGUCACCGGUUCCUGUGGGCGGGACUUGAGGCUUGUUUUUUGCCCGGCGACCAAUCAAACGGAGCGAACGGGGAGCUCUCCUGCUUCAAUAACAACUUGUUUUUUGCUCCUCUCUCUGCACAGAAACAAGGGACUGACUGACUGAGAUUUUCAAACCACUUUUAUAAAAAAAAACAAGAUUUAAACAGGAUUUGCAUGUCAUUUUAAAGUGUUAUUUAUAAUUGUAUGAAAGUAAAAGCACAACAGUAUAAAUGUAACAGAAGGAUGGUGUUUUCAGAGAUCUAUGUUAAUUCUGUAUUGUAUUUUUGUGAGAUAUUUUAUAGAUUUUGUUCAUUAAUAUAGUAAAAUGGAAAUAUCGGA